GAGUGAGUGAGUGAGUGAGUGAAUGAGUGAGUGAGUGAGUGAGUGGGUUUAGGACAAUAGGUCUCAAAUGCUGCAGUUGUUGUGUGAGCCAUGAAUGUGAAGGUCUUAUUGACGUUCCUGGCACUGGCUGUCGUUGCCAUCAUCGCCCUGAAUUGGAUCCUGGCGGUGGGUUUGGCCAGGUCCCCUACCUGCCCGGUGGUGGUGCUAAACGACAAGAUUCAUCAGGAAAUUGAGCAGCAAAGGAAUACCCUACCCUGGCUCUUUGGGGACCUCAGCCCAGAGGAGAUGACCAGCGUGCUGGAAUACCUCAAGUCUCACCUUGAGGUGAAACUGGUGAGCUGUAACAAGGCACUGCCCAGCGAUAAUUUCAUUUACCUCAUCGAACUGCAAGUGCCCCCCAAAGGGGAGGUGUUGAGGUUUCUCAACGGUCAAGGGAGCAAGCCUCCGAGGAAGGCUCGAGCUGUGGUUGUGUUUGGAGGCCAGGCUGAACCCAAUGUAACAGAAUACAUUGUAGGGAACCUUUUAAAACCUACCUACCACAAAGACGUGACCUCCCAGAAAUACCAGGGGGUGAACUUUAAUUCCAGACCGCUCCCAACUUCUGAAUAUGUGGAGAUAUUCUUCAAGAUGGGUUUGGGCAAAGUAGCUCAGGUCCUGAAGGAGAGCUUCGGUGUUGAUGCGAAGGGCUUGUUGCCAUUGGAUUCUGCCCCUCGGGGCUUCAAGUCUGGGGACAGAGAAACCUGGUUCCCGUUCCUCAGGAACAUCGGUGGGUUGUUUAUGCAUCCGGUGCCCUUUGAGGUGUUGAUGGACCACAGCAGCAAGAACAGCUCUGAUUGGAAAGUCAAGAAGGUCUAUUACAACGGCCAGUACUUCGAUAGCCUGGAGCAUUUGGCCGAUGAUUACAGCAACGGGCGUGUGAAGAAGAUAAUGCUGCACAGAAAGCAGGAUGAGCCCAAUUAUGCUUCCCUUAAACCUCGAGGAGAAACUAGAAAAGUCCUGCCCCCAAUGCAAUAUGAGCCCGAGGGUAUCAGGUAUCAUUAUGAGGAGAAUUGGGUCAACUAUUUGGGUUGGAAUUUUGCCUUCAGGCAGAACGUGGAGUCUGGUUUGCAGUUAUUCAAUAUCGAGUUCCAAGGGAAAAGGAUAGUCUAUGAGCUGAGUAUCCAAGAUCUCACCAGCGUGUAUGGAGGUAUCACACCAUCCAUCAUGAGGACAAAGUUCCUCGACACUGCCUAUGGAAUUGGGAGAUUGACGAACGAACUGGUUAUGGGAGUGGACUGUCCCUAUGUUGCCACCUACAUAGACACCCACCAUUUUCUAGACUCUGAGGAACCCCAAACUGUAAGGAAUUCCAUUUGUGUCUUUGAGCAAAACUUCGGGAAGCCUCUCAGACGCCACACUUCCAGCUGGUUUCCUCCCCUCUCGUACGGAGGGCUAAGCAACAGCGCCCUGGUCCUCAGAUCGAUAUCAACCAUUGGCAAUUAUGACUACGUGUUUGAUUUCAUAUUCUACCAGAACGGGGUGUUGGAGACCAAGGUGCAAGCCACAGGAUACGCACAGACCACGUUCUACUCCAAAGACGGGCUGAAGUACGGAACCAGGAUCGAGGAGAACAUUUUAGGGAAUAUCCACACUCACUUUUUACAUUUCAAGGUUGAUCUGGACGUGGAGGGGACCCAGAACUGUUUCGAGACCAAAGACGUGGUGUACGAGAAGCAGAAGAACCCUCUCAAUCCCGACGUGGAGGAGUUUAUGCCCACCAUCAACCGGCAGGUCCUGGAGACCGAGGACCAGGCGGCUUUCAAGGUGGGGCAGAAGACACCCAAAUACCUCAGCUUCAUCAACCUGAACAGCAACAAUGAGUGGGGUCACCCGCGAGGCUACAGGAUCCGGGUUGUCAGCUACACCCCCGAUAAUUUGCCCCCGGAGGAUCCGCAGGAGAAAGGAAUUUCCUGGCACAGGUACCAGUUGGCUGUGACCCAGCACAAGGAGGGGGAGAGGACGAGCAGUAGCAUGUUCAACCAGAACGACCCCUGGAAUCCCGCCGUUUACUUUGCCGGCUUCAUCAACAACGAAACCAUCAAAAACCAGGACCUGGUGGCGUGGGUGACGGCCGGCUUUCUGCACAUCCCGCAUUCCGAGGACGUUCCCAACACAGCCACCGUCGGCAGCGAGGUGGGCUUCCUCCUCCAGCCCGUCAACUACUUCAAACAGGAUCCCUCCAUCUUCUCCAUGGACUCCGUGUACAUCGAAUCGGCCAGCAAAGAGCAAGAAGACCACUGCAAGACCAAUCCCAUGGCCUGCCUGCCUAAAAUGGCCAGCUGCGUCCAGCCUUUCCCGCUUUUCACCUACGGACAGACGGAGGAUUAACCGUGAGAGUUGUGUGUAUACAGUCGCUCAGUGGAUGGACAAAAAACAGCGACACCACAUCACCAAACAUCGCCAGAAUCCGACCAAAUGUACAUACACAGUGUUUCCCACACAGGGGGGGCAUCGCGAAGCGCUUCCCAUCGCUGCCCGGGCUCC